ACCGAUCAUAGCCUCCUUACUCCCACAUCUUCAUACCCGACUGCUCACUGUCUAACGACACUCUUAAGUGGUCAUUACCCCUCGAGUCUCCGUUAACAACAGCCACAAUCAUGACUAGCGGACUCGAGACACCCCCCUCGCAAUGCGUAGGCCCUGAGUACCGCCCAGCUACCCAGAAGCCCACAGCAACUGUGUCAAAACCUCUGGACCAAGUGCCCAACAUCCACAUCUUGCCUCAGACGCCUCAGCUGAUUGCGUUGUUAACCAUGAUCCGCGACAAGAACACUGGGCGUGCCGACUUCAUCUUCUACUCCAACCGCAUCAUUCGCCUCCUGGUCGAAGAGGGCCUCAACCACCUUCCCGUUGUAGGUCACGAGAUUACCACGCCUGUGGGGCGAAUCUAUGCCGGAGUCAAGUUCGAAGGCAAGAUCUGUGGAGUCUCGAUUAUGCGUGCUGGCGAGUCUAUGGAGCAGGGUCUGAGGGAUUGCUGCAGGUCGGUCAGGAUUGGUAAGAUUCUGAUUCAAAGAGAUGAGGAGACAAGCCAGCCAAAGCUCUUCUACGAUAAGCUGCCUGAAGACAUUGCGGAUCGCUGGGUACUGUUGCUGGAUCCUAUGCUUGCAACCGGUGGCUCUGCGCUCAUGGCCGUUGAAGUGCUCAAGUCCCGCGGUGUGCCUGAGGAGCAUAUCCUGUUCCUUAACCUCAUUGCUAGCCCCGAAGGCGCAAAGAGGUUUGCUGAGCAAGUGCCCAAGGUCAGAGUGGUAACAGCAUUCGUUGACCAGGGCCUUGAUGAAAAGAACUACAUUGUACCCGGGCUUGGUGACUUCGGCGACCGCUUCUACACUUUGUAGAGCAUGUCAGCCAGUAUUGGCUGGUGAGCGGAGAGAGAACCGCAGCCAACGAAUAAUAUACAUGAUACGAACAUGCCAUCGACUACCAGUCGUCUAAUUGCCUCUAGGUCACAUCUUCAACUCGUCUUCUUACUACGAACCUUCACCAGCAGUUCCAGCACCAUUUGGUUGGUUAUUCCCAUCCCAUCUUUGGCUUGAAUUACUUCUACCACACUUCACAACGGACAAGCGGGGAAACAGUCAGAUAGCCAAGUUCCUUCAGUUCCUCAAGCCACUAUGGGCAAAGCUUUUAUCAGGUGGUCGACGCCAACCUUAGAACUCA